UCCCCGCCGCAGGGAGCUUUUCCCAGCCUGACACCGGCGGGAGAGAGACGGAAGCUUUUAGAUCUUCCCCUUGCACAGGCGCCAUCGCAACAGUCACGUGUCUGCCAUCAGCCAGUAGGCUUGGAGCAGGAUGAGGCUCAUGCACGCCAAGGAGGAAGUGAGCAUGCGGCCGAUUGUCCACGUGCAAUACACCGAGUUCUCGUACGUUCAGACCGGCCAUGGGCGCUGUAUGAGAGCCAGACUUUGACUUUCCUCCUGCCUUUGGAGAUCCCCGUGUUUCUGGAUCAGAAGAAGAGGUAAACCCGAAUUCGAAUGGCAAGAAGUGGAUUUAGACACAUUAUUAACUGUAAGACAAACCCACCCACCCCGCUGAAUCCAAGUUCAGGGGGCGAGUCUGAGACUCUGUGUUCACACACAGCUGUAUCUGGUGUGCCAGUGUAAGCCCUGCUUGCGUGACGCUGUCUGCCCAGGCUGGGAGGCUCACUUUUAGCUUCAGUGUCCAUGUACCCUGGAUCUCCACCCCCACAGGCUGGGUGUUCCUCACCCGUUCCUACCAGGCAGGAUAUUACUGUACCUGGAGUCCCCCCCUGCCAGUCUUUACCAGUUAUUUCCUCUGAGCAUGGGGAAUCCCUGCUCACUUUGGGUAGGUUUUCCCAGACCCUUCUUAAUAAAGAGCGAGCUGAAGUCCGCCCAUCCACCUCACUUUAUCAGUGGAGCCAUGGCCCUUCUUGGCUGGGGGACAGGGCAGUGUGUUGUGCCCUGAAGAGGCUCCCUUUGGUGGUCCCCCUGCUGAAUUAAAAUGGAAGCCAGCCAGCUCCAAAAGAUAAAGGGAAGAGGAGGUAGUAAAAGGCUGACAGUCCUGUGGCCACCAAAGACUCUCAAAGAUCUUGCAUCAGCAUUUAAAAUGGACCUUGACCUCCAGUGUGAAGAGAUGAGUGCGUCGAGAUGGACCGAGCUUAAAUCUUCCAUGAACACGAGCAAAACUGUCAGGCUGGAUGAUUGCAAUCUCUCUGCUAGUCACUGUAAGGAUAUUGGCUCUAUCCUCAGUACAAACCAGUCCCUGAUGGAGCUAACACUGAAUAACAAUGAAUUGGGAGACUCCGGCAUGGAACUGAUGUGUAAAGGGUUGAUGGCUCCAAGCUGCAACUUACAGAAACUCUGGCUGCAGAACUGCAAUCUAACAGAUGUCUGUUGUAAGUAUCUCUGUUCUGUUCUGAGCACAAAACCAACUCUGAUAGAGCUGCAUCUGGGUGAUAACAAACUAGGAACUUCAGGUGUAAAAGUGCUGUGUGAAGGAUUGAUGGAUCCCAACUGUAAACUACAGAAGCUACAGUUAGAGUAUUGUGAACUCUCACCUGACAACUGUGAGAUGCUGUGCUCCGCUCUGCGCACAAAGCCCUCCCUGAAGGGGCUCAACAUAAGUAACAACAAACUUGGAGAUGCAGCAGUAAAAGUGCUAUGUCAGGGAAUGAUGGAUGCCAACUGUAAGCUACAGUCACUACAUGUGGAGAACUGUCAUGUCACAGCUGCUAGCUGUGGGGAUCUCGGCACUGUUCUUGCUAUGAAGCCAUCCCUGACAGAGCUGUCUGUGGGAGAGAACAAGAUUGGAGAUCCAGGUGUAGCACUGCUGUGCCAGGGACUGCUGAAUCCCAACUGUAAAAUAGAGAAGUUAUGGUUAUGGGAGUGUGGUGUCUCACCUGCUGGCUGUAAGGAUCUCUCCCAUGUCCUCAGUGCAAAAGAGUCCCUAACAGAGCUGAGCCUGAUUGGUAACGAGUUUGGAGACCCAGGAAUGGAGCUACUGUGUCAAGGACUGAAGGAUCCAAAAGCUAAACUCCAGGCACUAUGGAUAAGGGAAUGUGGUCUUACAACUGCCUGCUGUAAGAGCAUUAGCUCUGUUCUUGGCACAAACCAGACCUUGAGAGAGCUGCAUAUGGGUGGAAACAAGAUAGGAGAUGCAGGGGUUGAAAUUAUCUAUGAAGGACUGAUGAGCCCCAACUGUAACUUACGGUCUCUAUGGUUGGGUAACAGCAGUCUCUCAGCUGCUUGUUGUGGGAGUCUGGCCACUAUCCUCUCUUCCAAACCGUGCCUAACAGAGCUAGACCUGAGUAACAAUUCACUGGAGGACGAAGGUGUGAAGAAGCUGUGUGAAUCCUUGAAACAUCCAAACUGCAAACUACAGCAACUAGUUCUGUACGACAUCUACUUGAGUUCUGAAGUGGAUGAUGAACUGAAAGUCCUGGAAGAGUCCAAACCUGGAUUGAAGAUUAUUUUGUGAGUGGUGCAGUUUCAGAUGUGACCUGUCUGCUGAGCACUGUCCUCUCCCUUUAUCUGAACUCUUCAUAGCUGCAGUUAACCAAUGAAUUCAAUGUAGAAUGUUUUUACCAAAAAAAAAAUUCAUGGAAUCUCUGCAGAACAAUGUCCCUGAAGGGAAUUGGCAGCCUGCUGUGUAUUCAUGAAUGUAUCCAAUCUGAGGCUCAUCAGAGCAUCUCUAUCCCUGAGGUAAAGAAUACUAGGCAUUUACAAGAACUGGGUCUUUAGCCUAUAGGGGCAGCUCUAAAAUGCCUAUUUAAUGGGUCAAUCAAGAUUUCUAGAAGUUUCCCUUCCAAAGAGCUGGCAAAAGCAGAACCACCUGGUGAAUGUCUAGUAUUCAAUAGAUGGUGCUUUUGCUGAGUCUCUGGGGGAAAGUAUCCAGGAACAAAGCAAAGCAAAAAUAUUGACACAAAAAUAACUGAAGUAAUGCACUCUUCCUGGAAGAGGUCUGUUUUUCCCCUGGGAAAGUAACCUUGGCAGAAGCCCCUAGACAAGGCUGAUAAGAGUAGGUGCUCACUUAAUACUGGGACUUCUAUAAAGCUUCUUUAUUACAAGUAAAAAUGAUGCUCUCUCUGCUAAACUGAAAGGGAGUAAAUUCUCUGACUUGUUCUGGCAAAAGUAGCUCUGUAGAAAUAUCAUUGUAAUAAAGUUUCAUUGCAAAGAA